UGAUUACUAAACACCACAGUAUAAAGUGUAUCAUUCUAAUAUUGAACUUUAUAACGGUCUUAUAAUAUUUCGUCACAUUUAUUAAUUAGCAAAACGAUACUAGAGCGACAAGUUCGAAAUAUUCAGUAAUUAUUCGAGGUGAUUGUAUUUUUUAUGAAUAAGGGGAACAGUCUACGACUUAUCAUAGAAGAACCGUUUCUAUGAUAAGUAUAAGUAGCUAACAAAAAUGUAUGAGUCUCCAGAAUUCUCGUACAGGGACUUUACGGAAACUUUGGAUUUAGAAGAUCGAUUUGAUACUGAUACCCUUCUAUUUACUCAUGAAAUAAUAGAAAAUGAAACUGAAAGUAUUGAAAAAAAUUCUAUACCUGUAACUGAAGGGAUAAUAUCCCCUGUUAAAAACUAUUUACUUUUAAGUUGUAACGAUUCAGGGCAGCAUUUUUCUAUUGGAACUGAAUCCAUAACUGAACUUAAUACUCAGAGUUGCCAAAAUGACAUCAAUAUUGCUAGUAUCGUACCAAUUCAUAAUUCAUUUUAUGAUGAAUCAACAUUAUUGGACGAAAAUAUAGUAGACCAGUUUCUGAUACCUACACCAACAUCUUCAAAUUCUAAUGAGAUACCAGCAGCAUCACGAAUUUUGACGCAGAGUGGCUAGUUUGUUGCAUUUGUGAACGAGUAUUAUCGAUGGCAUUAGAAAUCGAACCCAAUGAACAAUUGUGCUGUCUUGACGCUUUUGGCAAAGGGUGCGUGGGAUCACGAAAACUUGACGCCAUGUUCGUGUGCGAUGUGUGUAACUAUUUGUUCGCUGACGGUGAAGCACUCGAUCGACAUAAACUUACUUGUACACGCAAAAAUGAAUUGAAUGAACAAACACCCCCCGAAUCGUUGGACUUGUCCUGUACAUAUUGCGGACAGGAGUUUCCCACUGAAAUCGAAUUGAGGAACCACGAAGACAGCCAUCGAGAAACACGUCCUCAUCGCACGUAUAAACGCAGCUCGGACAGUAAAAUGUGGAAUUGUGGGUCUUGUAAUCAACUUUUUGCUACUGCAAGGGAGCUAUACCGUCACAAAAGGGGAGAAGACCGACCCCCAGGGACUCCAUUAAUGGCUUACGUUUGUGAAGAAUGCGAUAAAGUUUUGGGCAGCAUGUGCGCUCUUCAUACCCACAAGAAAAUGCAUAAAGUUAUCAAACCCGGUUUCCCCUGCAAAAUAUGCGGGCGUCGCUUCAACCAGUCAGGGCACCUCGCGAUCCAUAUGCGAAUGCACACUGGAGAACGGCCCUAUCCAUGUGAUCUAUGUCCUAAGGCUUUCAAAGUUAAGGUGGAGCGCGACGACCACCGACGCACGCACACGGGCGAGCGGCCAUUCGCCUGCAACGCCUGCCCUAAGACCUUCACUGCAGCUGCACGCCUGCGUGAACACGCCAGGAUUCAUACUGACCAGAGGCCAUACAUUUGCGACAUAUGCGGCGCGGCGUUCCGUCGACCCUAUGCUCGGACCGUGCACACACUUAUUCACACCGGUCAGAAGCCUCACGAAUGCGAUGUCUGCGGGACGGCUUUCAGGCGUUCCGGAGAUAUGUGGAAGCACAAACGCACUCUUCAUGGUAUUCAACCGACAGAUUUGGCUAACUAAAUUAAUAAAAAAUGAGUUUGGGAUUGUUAAUAAAAGGCUGUGAUUCAUCAA